GCGCUGCUUUUUGCGCGUCCUGCCUCGGCUGAGGUACUUCCGUUUCUACAACAAGUCCUGGUUUGAUCUGGAACCUUACCUUCCCCUGGUCUCUCAGGUGGACUUGGAUCGCCUGGAACUCUGCAGUAUUAGCUUGUUGAACAAGCCAGAAGCGAUGAGUUCAUAUUUUUCAGCCACCAACGAUACAGAGGACGAGAUCAUGAUCUUAGACCCUACGACCAACACCAGCAAGGUGAGUUUCAGGUGCUACAAGGACAAGUGGUGGGUGCCGCCCACGUGUCGUUUGGCGCCGGAGACCUGUGCUGCCAUGGUGACGAAGUCAGGAUGGGGCUUGAUGCAACUAUCACAGAGGGCCUUCUUUUGGAACAUGCCCAUCGCCCUGGCUUCGGGCAAGGAGGAGAACAACGAGUAUGUGCGUCUGAAUCGAGAACUCAAGGGGCUCAUGUAUUGGUGGUCGCCUGACUCGUCCUUUGCUUUGGAGAAAGCCUUCCAAGUUCAAUUUCCAGCCCAUAGUCCGUCCGAAUGGUCCCAGAUGAUCUUCAAAACCAUGGAAGCCCCAAUUCCACUCAGCAAGUUCGUGGCCGCGGAUUUGGAGAAUGAAGCCACCUAUGUGGUUGAGAAAUUGAAAAUCGACGACGAACAGAUGAUGCAAUUGCUGGUGGAUUUGGCCGGCCGAAAGAGGCCAGGCGAAGACCCGGCGAAGUUGUUGUGGAGUGUGGCCUGCGAUUUUCUCCGAAAGAACCCUGACACCUGGAACAGCUGGCUCCCCAACGCCACGUCCUGCGCCAGCGGCAGCGGCCUGCGGGAUUCUGCCGGGCGCUGGAUGCGCAGCGAUGCCACCGCAGGCGACGCCAGAAGCUGCGCCGUGUGCCCUGCGGGGCAUUCCUCAGUACCAUGGGCGCGCUCAUCCAUCUGCCAGCCCUGCCCACCAGGUUUCUACCAAGAACUGCCCAACGCGGUGAGUUGUUUGCCCUGCUUGGAAGGCUUUAUCGCCAAAGAGGAAGGGCAGACGAAGUGCACGGCGUGUCACUUGGGGUCCUACGCCAAUUCCACUGGAAUGUCUCGCUGCUUCUCUUGUGGAACUGAUGAAGAUCAACUGGACCUCUUCACCACCAGCAGGCUGGUGGAUGCGGAAGACGGCUCCUCUGUGAGGAUUCGCACGCAGGGCGCUCGUGGGGAGGAUUUCUGUCAGUGCAAAGAUGGAUAUCUCUUGGUGGAAAAACGAUGUAUACCAUGCCCAAAGGGAGCACGCUGCUACUUCAAUGGGGAGAUCUCCAUCGAACCAGGUUUUUGGUCUUCUGCUGAGGAGCCCUUAAGCGUCUUCAAAUGUUACCACAAGCCGCAUGCCUGUCCCGGGGGCCCGCCGGGCAGUUGCAAGGUGGGUCGGAUCAAUGCCCCGGGCUGUGCCGAGUGUAGAAUCGGCACGCGAGAAACGACAGUUUGGGAUUCGACCUUCGGCGAAUGUGGGGACUGUGGUCCGGCGGACUAUUUCUUGAUCCUCAUUCCGGCCGUGCUGGGAAUCCUGGUGGCCCUGAUGUUUUAUGGAAUUGCUGUGAAGAGUUGCAAAUGUAGCGGCAGCAAUCAUGGCAGCCUCGUGCUCUCAGCUAUCAAUAUCAGUACAUUGUUGUGGUCUGUACAUGGGAUGUUGGACAUGGUGUACGAAGAUCCUCUGCAGGCGAUGAAUUUGGACUCAUAUCUCUUCGGGCCUGCAUGCUCGAGCGGCGGCGGGCCGGUGCUGAAGUUCUUAGUCCGUGCCCUUCGCUUGACCCUCGGUCUGGGGGUGGUGGUGCCUGUGAUCCAUGCGAUCUAUGUCCUAAAGUCCGAGGUGUAUCACUUUGACUACAUCACGAACGCAGCGGGAAGCGCUUUCAUCGCCUUUGGUGGCAAUGUGAUGAAUAGCUGUAUGUUGCCCUUCCUUUGCUUACCUCAUCCCAACGGACUUUCUUCGGUGCACCAGUUCGACGCGGUUCUGUGUGAUGACAAUCAAGCGUAUCGUGUAUUGGUUUUUCUAGGCUACCUGCUAAUGCUCAUACCCAUUGGCUUCGUUUGCUUGUGCUUCUGGUUACUCUUCUGGGAACUGCCUCAGCGUGUGCUGCGAGGAGACAUGAGGUUCGUUCGCUGUUGCAAUUUCUUGCUGUGCAACUUCCGACCUGGAGCGGAGAAGCCCGUGGCGAUGUUUUUGUGCCGUGGCGUCGUGGCAGCCUUGGUGCCCUUCAUUCCCUCCACGGCGGGGAAGGUUUGCUUUAUGAACAUCGUGCUCUUUUUCAGUUUAUUCGUCGUUGCUUUGGGCCAACCCUCGAGAAGUUCAGUCUGCAAUACCUUGGAUCUGGCUUUGCUGGGUGGGAUGUUGAUGCUGUUGGACCUCGGCUCUUAUCUCAUUCCAGAACUGGAGAUUCACACCCUGGUGUACGUCUGCAUGGUCGCUGCCUGCCUAAUGGUCCUGGCCACUAUCGGUACGGUGAUCGUGAGCGUCGUGAGGUUCGCAAUGCUCCAGAGCAACAAGCCUUACAGGAUCUACAUCUCCUAUCACCACACGGCCACCGGAUGCUACGCGCGGAUGUUGAAGAUGUAUUUAGACAAGCAUGGCAUCAAGUCCUUCCAAGACGACGCGGCGCAGCGUCUACAGGACUUGCUCCAGGUGGUGAGUCAAGACACGGCACCUUGGAGAUUUUCCCAUGGGAAAAGAUGGGAUUCCCAUGGGGAUUCCCAUGGGAACAUCAUAAUGAAACAUGGUUAA